AUGUUGCAACCACAAACACCCAUCUCAAAUUUUGAUCAUUACCACUCCUCGAUCAACAGUGGCAUCGACCGCUCAGUUCCUUUCUCUCCAAUGAGUCCUUUCGACUCUCGUAAAAAUCCCUUGUGCCGUGAGUUGGGGAAACUAUUCCAAUAUGAGUUUUUGAUCACUCCCGAAAAUUUAUUUCCCGUGUUUUUGGGCAAAGCCAAUGAUUUGGUACGGCUUUUAUGCUAUCAGGAUUUUGGUAAUAGUUUCACCAAACAACAAGCUGCUUCAACACUUCUCAAAUACCAACGUGAUGACUUCCAAUCCGUAGAUGAAGAUAUCUUUGAAGCAGAGAUCAUUCCGAGUUUGUGUGAGUUGUUGAAUAUUCAAGCCUUUGAUGCUUUUCAAAACGUCAACACUACAACGGAGAACAACAAUUGCACUCUCGACAUGUCUAAUACCAGUAAUAAUAAUAAUUAUUUGCCUGAGUCUAUCCAGCAAUACGUUAGCUCUGAACCAAAUGAUAUACAGUUCAGUUCUUAUGCCAUUUCUGAACAGGAUCAAGCUAUUCUCUCUCCACCUCGGCAUGAAAGAGGAUCCACAAUUGUACCUUUUGAUCUAAACGACAUUGACAUGCUGACUAGAAUAUUUCAUCACAUUAUUCGAACCAGUAGAAAGCUGUUUUGGAUUCUCAAUAUUCGAACACAAUCUGAAAAAUCUUCCAAGUUUCAAGAUUUAGACUUUACAAAUCUAUCAAUAACCAUGAAGCGCCAUCCUGUCCUGAGAAAUGAAGCAUCUCAUUAUCUAAAGAAACUGAAAGCCAUUCGAAACGAAUGGGCCCAUUUCAUUCACAAAAACUCACAAGUUCCUUCGGAUCAAAUGAAUAAGGCCUUUAUUUAUUCCCUCAGAAUAUACAAUGAGUAUUUGGCAGUGAGUAAAACAGCUCAAAGCAUGAAAGCGAUUGAAUAUGCCGAAAAAAGAAGUCACUCAAUGUCUGAACUUCAGCUAACAUACAAGCAUUUGAAACAAAAGAGAAAUUGGACUUCUUCAAUAGUCAACAUGUUCUAUAGGAAUGCAGAACAAGGAGAUUUAGAAGCCAAUGCAAACUCUACACUUUUACAAGUUUUGAAACAAGUGAUACAAAAGCUGGAACAAGAUCCCAAUUCAUCCGAAGCCAGACUCUACCAAAAUGCAUUUCUACUCGAUUUCAUCCCUCAAUCACCACAAUUGUUUUCAUGUCUCAAAGAAUUACGAGAACAAGAUCUUACUCAACAACAAAUCAUGUACUACGAACUUAACAACAAGUAUCAAUUAUUACUCCAAGAAACACAAGCGGCCACUAAGAGCAUCAACCCAUAUUAUUUGAUCGAUCAGCGUUUCAUUGACACGAAAACAUUUUUUGCAUCGGUCGUGGUAGAAUUACAACAAACUAAGGAUCCAAGACAUAGGACCUUUUUAAAUGCAUUUUGCUUGUAUUUGGUAAAAAAGGCUCUUAAAAAGCUAAGAGAAGAGCAUGUACAGGUUUCUGACUCGGCAAUUCAAGAGUUUUUACAAAAAAGAGCCAUAUUGAAUGAUGAGAACACUUUUUCCCAAGUUUUGGAAGGAGAAAUUAAGAAACAAUCUCAAAGAUUUAGAAUGUUUUGGUUGGUAUUGGCUAAUGGAAUGUAUCACUGCUGCAACAACAGUUUACAUAUCGCAAUUUUGAACUUUGCCUGGUGUCAGAGCUGUCUAGAAGAUCCCACAUUCCUUAAUUAUCCGAACAUGAAAACACCCUUCGAAUAUACGGUACGAAUUUUUAUUGAACGAUGCACCUAUUGGUUAUCCGAAGAAAUUUAUAGAACCUCUUUCACUCAUUUGAAUAUUAAUGCAGUGAAACAUCUCAUUCAUUAUUGCUUGGUGUGUUGUAGAAAAUUUUCAAAUUUCGACAUGUCACAAUCAUACUCAAUGGUAGCAGACACUCUUUCCAGAGCUCUCAACAAUCAAGAGAUUGUGAACCAACUUAAUGAGGAAGAUGUAUUACUUGUUCAUUCACUCUAUUAUCAAAAAAGCGCACUGGACAUGUCUCACAUGCUCAAACCAGACAUUAAUGUUUUUCUUGAUCAGGAUAAGCAAUCAAGAAUUUCAAUUGCUGACGAAGCAAGAAUGCGCUACCAAGAAGCAUUUGAUCGUUUAUUUGCUCAUUAG